CGCUGACUCCUGUGUGCACGCCGACGAGGUACACAAGAGUCUCAAAGACGUAUGGUCCAAUCUCUGCAUGCCGUCGUCAGCCAUGAACAGGUAUCAACGGGUGGUCAAAACACACCCUCUAGCUGCAGCGUCUCGUACCAGUCCACCGCAGGGUCUAAAAUUCCUCUGCAGACGACGUCCAUUAGGGCAGUCGCCUUCAGCCUGACAUAGUUCUCGAACGGGUUUCUGCCAAGCUUCGCCACGAUCGCUAACUAUGUCUGUGAUAUAGCAUCAGUGUCGGCUGACCAUCGACGUGUCAAUGCACGUACUGUGUAAUUAUUCCUGUAUCGAGAUAUCUGCACUCUCGGGCUCAUUGGUCACACCCGGAACGACAAUCAUCGAGAGGUGGCCGAAGCAGAAGAUAUUUAAUCAUCCGCUGUGUCUUACGGCAAUCGUUAGCGAGUUUCGUGCCACGCCAAGCAGAUAACUUACAGAGCUUGACAUGCCCAGCAAUUCUACAGGAUUCAGCUCAUUGGUAGCGUUGUCGUUUGAUACGCGCGCUCUUCGGUUCGAGUCUUUGGCAGUUCGUUGGAUGCAAGGAAAACCAAGAACGCGUACACGGUGUCCAAAAACAAUCUGGCGAUCUUCGACACAAGUGUCUGCCGCACUGGAUUCUAUUUGAAAAGUCGAGACGCCGACGUCGCUGUGCUCGACGAAUCGACACCGCCAGCGAUCUUGAAGGCACCCGUGGCAAUAUGGCGUCGGAAGGGGCGCAUUGGGACUGGGAAAAGUCGCAUCCGGCUCUGCAGUCGACCCGCGCUAGUUCUCGAGGUGGUAGAAGAUAUUCGUAUCUGCUAGAGCUAACUUAGCCGCCACUCGCACUGAUGAAGCCCGGAAAUUUGCCAUACCUAGCCAACGAGCUCGAACACGCGUGCAAAAAUCUUUAUCUGAUCGCGCGGGGUGCGUCCCGCCUCGAGGGCAGCGCAGAGGGAGAUAUGGGCAACCAGGUCACUACCGGUCGACCGGCGCAUUCAACGCGGUACCGGUCCAGCGCGUACGGUAGUAUCGUGCAGUCAGGGUGCCUCUCUGCGCGUCGGAGGAGCAUGACGAGAUAGACGCUAGCGGCGAACCCAAGUUGCAGUGGCCGAAAUGCGGGGCGUGCCCGUGUGCACGGCUAUGCGGAAGAGCGGCUGGGCGCGGGCGACGCUUGAGGAGUUUGAGGCGGAGGACCGUCCGGGAGGACAAGAGAAGUGGAGCAAGUGCGCGUACCACUCAGAUGCGACGAUCUGCGACAUCAUCACCUUGGCUGCGACGCUUCAGUCGAUCUGUAUCCUCGCGAGCAAGCACCACGAACACGCCAAGUGGUACGAGGAGACACAGUCGCACGACUCGGCGACUGAACGCCGCCGCGUGCCGCGCGCACCUCCUGGAUGGAGCCAAAGACGCGACAGCCGGCGAUGCGACAGCCGGCGUAUCCAGCCAGACACUGCCUAUCACCGCCUGCCUCCCCCACCUCGCCGCGCCUUAUGCCUCCUUGCGCCCCACUCUGUCGCUCAUGCGGACAAAGUUGACUCAGCCCCGCCUCUCCUGAACACCGGCGUUAACCGGCGAGAUGUGUCUGCACGACGACGACGAUCCGAUGCUGCUGCGCCUGCACGAGCGCAUCUUGACAUGUCGGACCGCGUCGACGUGUUGCGGAGCAAGCUCAGCGACACAGAGGACAACUUCCGGAAGUGGCUCGCCGAGAGACUGAGCACGCGUGUUACAUCGUCAUCGGUCAGAGUGCCCAUGCUCGCCUUCUAUGAUGCCAUCCUCGCAUUCUUUCGAGGCGGACCCAAUGACGACCCCUUCUCUCCUGAACGUUUCCUAGUGGAGGAGGACUUGUCAAUCGUGAAUGAUGUAGUUAGAGAAGAAGAUGUAGUGAAGAAGAUUAGUGUGCCUCUUGAUGCCCCCUCCUUCCGUCUUGCACAGUACACCAGCAAGAACUUCGUCGUCGCCAAGAACGAGUCUUCGGGCGUUCCUCUUUUGGAACGUAUUCAGCUUUCUCCCGAAAACGAACAAAAAUUCAAAAACAUCGGAAAACCUACAAAACGGUACCAACCGUACGCCAACAAGCCCAUCGCUCGCAAGCCACUAGCACUCGAACGUCGCCUCGAGUUACUUGACGAGGCGAAGGAAGAAGCCCAACGACGUCAGCAAGCUGCUGACGAUCUACUCAAACAACGACGCGCGGAAGCCAAGAAAAUUGGUACGCGUCGAGCUUAUGAUGACCUUGUACGCUCAUGCCCGGAUCUCUUCGCGUCCGAGGGGGAAAAUUUCCUCCUAUGGAUAAAAGAGAUCGAAGAGACUUCAGCGAGCCUAACAAAGCUCAAAUUCAUGAAGAAGGGGAUCCUUCGCCGUUGCGAGGAACUCCUCCCCACUCUCGUCGCCGUAAAUAAGCGGUUCUUCGCAACGCACGACCAUUUGGUUGAUGCGGAGGAGCUCGCCAAGGCAGGAAAAGGGUCACUUGCUGCCGAGCAGGUGCAUGAUUUGCUGAAGCUCUUAGACAGGCUUAGCUACAUCAAGGAGGUCGUAGAAGACAAAGAGCUCGACAUCGUCGAAUGGGGCAAUACAGAGUGGAGGCGGAUCAGCGGGCUUUGCAGGCGGUUGAAAAAGGUCUUCGACAACGGCACCUUUGACGAAAGUGGCACGUUCCUCAUCACCGACUGGCUCGCACACACCCCGAAGGAAGUCAUCGCCAAGAACUUCCAGGCGCCCAUCUCCGUCUUCAACGAGCUUCCGGGCGAGGAGCUCUACAUCUUCCCUGCGGCGUCCCCGGGCACCGACUUGGACGCGCCGGUGAGCCCGUAUGGCACCGUGCUGAGCUCAUACACGUUCGCGAUGUCCCAGACGCCAGCGACUGAACUCUCGAGAGGAUCUGUCAAGAUUGUGGCCUCGCAUGUGUUCGGUAUCUCGAAGACGACGGCUGUUGCAGAGGUGGCGGUCAACCCUGGCGGGAUGCGCGAGCUGCACUGGCAUCCGACCCAGGACGAAUGGACGUAUUUCUUGGAGGGAAAUGCGCGUGUCACAGUGUUUGCAUCCGAGGGCAAUGCGGGGACGUUCAACUUCCAGGGAGGUGACACCGUUGAAACCAGGCCAUAUUCCCGUAGCGCACGGACACUACGUCGAGAAUAUCGAAAACACGAUGCCCCGCUUCCUCGGGUCUUCAAGACCGCGACCUUCCAGGAUGUCAGCCUGACUCAGUGGCUCGCCCUCACACCCCCCGCGAUGAUCGAGGUGAUGCUUAACAUCAAGGCCGAGAAUCUCAAAAACUUCAGCAAGACCAACCCUAUCGUCGUCGGUCCCGCUCCGGUCAACGACACCGCAAAUGGCACCACGGUUGCCUGAGUGUUUGCUUUACGCUCGAUUGCCAUGGAUUGAAUGGCGAUGCUUAUUGCUGACUUCGCUCGGCGUGAUGCCGCAGUCGUACCUUUCAAACGUGCUGUAUGUCACAUAUGGCUGUGUAUCAUCUUCUAGUGUACUGUGUAGCUUGUACUGUAAAUUGCUAAUGAUAAACCGGUACUAUCCACUCGCUCCACUCUAACUGCACAUCAAGAGCGAGAUUACAGC